CUCUCUUUCUAUCUCUCUCUUUCUCCUCGUUGCCACUCUCUUCUCAUCCUCAUUCCCAUCCUCAUUCCCACCCUCAUUCCCACCCUCAUUCCCACCCUCUCUCUCAUCACCUUUAAUAAACAUAACUGUCUUUAAUUUAAUAUAGCCUUUAUUACUUAUAAAACCUCAUACAUGUCAUGACUACCCAUCAAUUCAAACUCCUUUGUGCGGCUUACAAUGGAAUUUCAGUAUAUGGUCUGGCUACCGAAGGGGCUGAUGCAGGGGAUGACAAGUUGCUCUUCCUCGUCCAGUCCAACCAGAGACCACCCACUCUUGCAUCUUAUUCUUGGACAAUUGUUUCCAAAGUUCGAGUCUCGGCUAUUUACGAUAUAUCCCAGUCACAGGACGAUAAUUUAUGCUCAGUAGACACUGAUGGUGUUUUCACAUACAUUGGUUCCAAAGUCGUCAAAGCACCAUCACAAACACCUGGACUCGGGGGUGUUCAGUAUAGCAAAUCUCAUCCUAAUCCUAACAACAGCUCUACGGGAGAUGGUGGGUGGAAAACGAUUGAUUUCAAUUCAGCAUACACAUGGCCGCAAAAAUCUUCUUUUUCAACUCUGUUCCUGGCAAAUAAGACUCCUGUCCAUGCAUACCGGGGUUCUAGUCCCAGUAUAGUUCAAUUUGGAUACUUGGAUGAAAAUUUGCAAAUGACAACGGCGACAGCACAGAGCUGGUCGUUCGAUGCCAGCAGAUACGGGACAUUAUAUAAUGUGAACUAUCUUAAUAAUUAUCUCUACUUUCUGUCCGGGAACCAAACAUCUUCUCCCGAUGUAGUCAACCUCAAUCUACUUAAAGUCCCAUUCAACUUCCCAAACAUGACUCAACAAACGCCUCAACAACCCUAUGAUGUCUCGGUAAUGAAUAACUGUUUUAAUGAGAACGGCCGUUCUGGCAUUUUUGCCAAUUCAUACUUCAUCAUAUGCAACAACACUUUAAGCCGUGUGGGCUCUUUUGAUCUAAACUCCGCCAGUCGCAUGGAUCUUCCUCGCGAUAUAACAAAUCCGCCUGAAGACCCGAUCGAAAUCUUUUUACCCGUUGGAGGUCAAAACUUGGAACUUGCGUUUGCUCUUGUCCAGACCAAGUUUGAGGGCGGAAAUAAUAAUGCUAACCGCACAGCCACGCUUAGGACCUUGAACUUGAGUGGAGGUGCCGCUGGACUCUGGCAAAGAUGGGAUUUUCAAGUCAAUGUUACGGAGGCUGCUAGUAAUAAAACCUUACCAGCCAAUGGUCCACCUAAUUCUUCAUCAUCGACUCCUGUAGGACUUAUUGUCGGGAUUGUUGCCGCAUUGGGGGUGGCGCUUACAAUCGCAUUUUAUUUCGGCUAUUAUCGUCGAGUCGUGUUGAAGCGAAGAGGAGAAAAAGAAGAAAAAAGGAAAAAAGAUUCAACAGGACUGGAUAACGCAAAAUAUAUCGCUGAAACACCCUCCGACCUGCAGAAACGACCUUACAACUCAUUAUAUGAUGAUCCUCUUAGAAGUUCCGCAAUCAAUACCAUGACUAUCAGCACGCCUGUGUCGACACCGAUGAGCACUCAUAUAACUAGUCAACCCUUCUCUAUGUAUUCGUCCGCUCCGAUCACCACAACUGUCCUCGCUGAUCCUCUACUGCAAGCACAGAUGCAGCAGCAAUUCAAGUUCACAGCCCAUCCUCGGCCCAACUUCGUUACUUCUACAGCCGGUACUGAAGAGCAGCAACACAACAUGACUGGACAAUGUAAUAGUGGCGCACAUAAUAAUAAUAUAAACAACGAUAUCGAUAAUAGUAAUCAUAAUACCUCUCAGUCACCACCCUCUAUUCCAACACGCUCUCGACCAUCUACCAAUAAUGUCCCUAUGAACAAUCCACAUGCCUUAGUCAGUGAGGUUUUAAGCAGCGUCCCAAUUAGAAGCCCACAUACCCCUAUCAGUGCCACCAUGUCAUCAGUGUUUUCUGCACGCGAUAUACCAGCAAAUUGGGACAAGCCUGUCGUCCACAAUCCCCAUACGGAACCUGCGCUUUAAUGUAUCUAAAUGAAAUAAAGAUAGCGUUAUACACAUUCCUCAGAUAUCAUCUCUCUUAAAG